AUGACCUCGCCCACCGACCAAGACUUACGAGCAAUCGUCCAGCACUAUGGCGAAGUCGCCGAACUCACCAACCGUCGACGAAUGGAACGCUUCAUCGAAGAAAUCAGACAAAGAUGGAGACCUUACUCCCAUGAAGAGGAUUACCGUCAGGAGGGCUGGACUGACGAGGGCGCGUUCACCAAGUGCAUCUUUCAGGAAGCAUUCUACGGGCACGACCAGCCAAAGAUGGACCGGAGUCGAUCUGACUUGUCCUGGGCGGAGGUCGAGGGCCAAAUCCAGAGUAAUCCAUCACUUGGAGAGAUCAUGGACUUUGUGCGGAGGCCUUUGACUGGACCGCAGCCUGAAAGCGUGAGGAUCGAGAUCCUUGGUGAUCUCAAGGAGGCCAUGAAGCGGCAGCUCGAGACCUCGGGCAUAGCGGACACAUCCAAGCUGGAGCUACCUUCAGAUCUCGAGGUCCUGUUUUCUGUGGUGGAUCGUAUACGACAAGCAGGCGUGCCGUCGGAGACUGCUUACACACAACUAGUCUACUCCCUCGGCACCCACCGCGGCGCUACAGAUAUGCCUUACUAUGUCUCUCUCUCCAGGCGAAGACAUGAUGAGCUGUACUGCCCGAUCGCAGCUUUUGAACUCGGUGGUGGCGGCCAGCAUCGGAGCACUUACUACGUUCUCGGCCAGCCCUCGGACUGCACUGAGUUGACUUCUUCUGCGACGUGGCAGAUUUGGGAUCUCUUUGGUAACCAUGAAUUGGACUAUUAA